CUAACCCUAACCCUUUCUCUUUCUCUUUCUCUCUCUCUCAUCCCAAGCCCGUCUGUUUAGAUCUCAAUAAUCGAAACUCAAAAAAAAAGCCUUCCUAAUGGAUCCUAUGGAGGUGGAGGUGGAGAAAGGAGAUUUGAGGAGGAGUAUAGAAUCAGAUGAUGAUGAAGAAAAUGAAUACGAGAUCUGUGUCUGUACGCAACACAAGUUCAAUGAAGUGGAGUGUUAUAAGAUUAAGGUUCCAGACCCUGAAGCGGUUCCUCCUCUUUCAUACUUCUGUCCAGAACCUCAUGCUUCGUUUGACAGCCUCGUUAAGGGAUUGAAGGAAGAAGGUGAACCCAUCUUCAACCCGAAGAAGAUCGAUCCUAUUUAUCCAUCCGUCAAGGGACCUUUCGCCUGUAGAUACUUCGCCGUGAUAGGCACCGUUUUAUAUGCUGUUGGUGGCAAACUGGAUAUUGAAGAUUGCUGCCUUGACGACGUUGCCGAAAACUACAAUCUCGAGGGUGACCCUGUGGCUUUCAUGAAUUAUAUACCCAGUAGGGAAGUGUGGACCCUCGAACUUACGUGUCCUGAGCAAGGUUGGCAGACUACUACACCCAUGAAAUAUCGUAGAUUAUGCCCUCAGACUAUUGUUGUAAAUGGUUCAACAGGCUCUCUCUGACCGAGAAAGGGGUCGUGGCUCUAUUGUUCUGGAUGACGUAU